AUGUCGAUUUACAACAGCUACGAAAAACGCCGUGACUACAUCUGCAAAUGCGGUUGUUUUUCAGGUUUUAGCCCUGCAGGAAGUGAUUGGUGCGAUUAUGCCCGUCAUUUAAUAAAGCGUACAUGCUAUAAUUUUGAUGUCCUGGUGAGCGAAGACGCAUUGGAGGCUUUGGAGUGGAAAGAAGGCUACCCUGGUUCAGUGCCUCCAUAUUCAAUCCAGACCUGCUCCUCCUAUCAGCUUUAUGUUGCAAAGAACGAGUAUGGUCUUGGGUAUGCUGAUGAUAAACUUUUCUACCUUACCUGGGGAGGUAUUGAAUAUAGGUACGAAUAUUAUGAGGCCCUGACCUUUAACAAAGAUAUUUUCAAAGAGCACAUUUCUGAUGUCAGGUACAAGAUUGAUGCAGCUGAAAGAUUUCAGCAUCCUCCAGAGAUCAUGGGCACGUCUACCAUUAUCAACAAUGAGUGCAGAGAUGUCACAAAAACAUCUACGAUCUCAAACACAUAUGAAGAAGAGAAAAGGUGGGACACUAGCACUGCCAUCUCAGCUGGUGUCACAGCUAGCAUCUCUGCUGGAAUCCCAUUAAUCGGCGAAACAGGUAUUGAGGUUAGCACUGAGGUAACCAACACAUUCUCCAGUGGGACCACCCUAAAGGUGUCGAAAAACCUCGCUGUUACUGUCGAAGUACCUGUACCACCAAACCACUCCUGCGCUGUCAGUGUUGUAGGACAUAGGUACUCAGCAAAUAUCCCUUACACAGCACGCCUCACCCGCAUCUACCGUAAUGGGAAAACCAGAUCGACAACCAUCACUGGGGUGUACAAGGGUGUCAAUGUUGUAGAUUUCAAGUCUGUUGUGGAUCGCUGUGUUCCUAUACCCAAUGCUAAGCCUUGCAAGUGA